AUGGAUUCAACCACUAAAUCUACUGCCCCCACAACAACUGCAGCAUCAACAACGACUACUGAAGCAACAACAACAACUACUGUAGCAACAACGACAACUUCACCACCAACAACAACUGCUCCACCAACAACCACAACCAUGGUUUCAACCACUACAUCUGCUGCCCCCUCAACUGCAGCACCAACAACCACUACUACAGCAACAACAACCACAAGUGCUCCACCAACAACCACAACUAUUGCUUCAACCACUACAUCUACUGCCCCCACAAAAACUGCAGCGCCAACAACGACUACUGAAGUAACAACAACCACUACUGCAGCAACAACGACAACUUCACCACCAACAACAACUGCUCCACCAACAACCACAACCAUGGCUUCAACUACUACAUCUACUGCCCCCACAACAACUACAUUACCAACAACCACUACUGCAGCAACAACAACGAUGACUGCUGCACCAACAACCACAACCAUGGCUUCAACCACUAAAUCUAGUGUUCCCACAACAACUGCAGCAACAACUACCACUACUGCAGCAACAACAACAUAUGCUCCACCAUCCAGCACAACCAUGACUUCAACUACUACAUCUACUGCCCCCACAACAACUACAUUACCAACAACCACUACUGCAGCAACAACAACGAUGACUGCUCCACCAACAACCACAACUAUGGCUUCGACCACUACAACAACCCCAACUGCUCCACCAACAACCACAACCAUGGCUUCAACCACUACAUCUACUGCCCCCACAACAACUGCAGCACCAAGAACGACUACUGAAGCAACAACAACCACUACUGCAGCAACAACAACUACAACUUCUGCACCAACAACCACAACCAUGGCUUCAACCACUACAUCUACUGUCCCCAAAACAACUACAGCACCAACAAUCACUACUGCAGCAACAACAACAACAACUGUUCCACCAACAACCACAACUAUGGCUUCAACCACUACAUCUAGUAUUGCC